AUGAAGUUUUGCAGCAUGAACGGCCCAAGUGAAUCGGAAGUUGAAAGCCUCUUGAUGAGUCCCUGCUGGGGACCGCCACAGAACAGCGGCCAGGAUCAGUAUCUGCUGGAUGGGCACAAGCUGCUCCUCGAGCACGACCUGGACUCCCUGCCCAGCGACGCUGAUCAGAAGAACUCGCUGGACGUGCUGGACAAUCUGCUGCUCAAUGGCUCCUCAUUGAAUGCGCUGUCCGACCUGAAGCCGCUGCCCCCCUUCACCGGCUACACGGGCCACCUGUCCAUCAACGGCAUCUCGGGCCAUCACUACCAUGCCAUUGCCCAGCGGCUGCCGGACGAGAGCAACAACAAUUACAUACAGAGCGCCUACCAGGCCAAUCCCAAUGCCAAUCCCACAUCGACGACGGCCCAGAGCGGGCCCAACGGCGGUGGCGGUGGCGGUGGGGGGAGUGGCGGCGGGAGCAGCAACUCCUCCAACGAGCACAACAUAGUCUCCUCCUCCACCUGCCUGCCCGAGAGCGUACUGAGCGGGGAUCCCUGUGCGGACGCCUGCCUGGCAGAUGUCAAGCUCUUUGCCGAUAGUCAACUAGAUUCUAAGCUUUACUCCGUCGCCGACAGUUGUGUGAUGAGCGGGCCCGGCGGUGGGGGACCAGGUGGAGCGGGAUCGGGCGGCGGGGGACAGGGGAACGGGCCGAGCAUAGCCACAUUGACGCCGAUCGAUCAGGUGGCCGACUCGCUGCAUGGCAGCGGGGUGCGCAUCUACAAGGACCUGACGGAGUACGUGGACAUGAACUCCAUCGACGAUAUAGCGGCCAUCAUUGGAUCGGCCAUUGCGGACACGACGGUGCCCAAUCAGCUGGACAAGGACGAUGGCAACGACACGCGGGACAGCUGGAUGGAUCUCGAUGCCUGGAUCGACGGCAACUGCAUCCAGCAGGAGGGCAAGGUGCUCGUCUCGCAGCAGGACUCGCUGGGCGAUUUCAUGCUGCCCCACUCGCCCCUGCCCAUGCACGCCAGCAGCUCCACACUCCAGAGUCUGCUCAGCCAUGGCUACAUGCCGCUCCUGCAGAACCGCCUCCAGCACGGUCCCCCCGGCUCUGGAAACAACAACAACAAUAAUCACUCUCACAAUAACAACAACAACUCCUCCUCGGCGACCACGACAGGGACAUCAAAGGGGGAGGCGCCCACAUCUACCUCAUACUGCAAUGAACUGUCGGCGGCAACGAGCAGCAGCUGCAGUCCGCCCGGCUCCGUGGUCAGCACCACGGACAACAGCCUGAUGAUCAAUCCCCGCUACCUGUCCAACCAAUCGCAGUCCAAUCCGAACGGCUCCAAUCCCCACCAGCAGCAGGCCGCUUACCAGCUGUCCGGCUCCGGCAUGGGACCCCUCAAUGGCCCCAACUCGAUGAAGGACGGAGGACUCUGCUCCCCGGACAUGUUGGGCAACUAUCCGCAUACGACGACGGCCACCACGACGGGCUCCGAGCUGCGGACGGGCACCCCCAAGGCCAAGCGAUCGCGGGCCCAAAAGAAGUCCAGCCAGCAGCACCAACAGCAGCAGCAGCAGUCGCAGCAUCAGCAGCAGGGAGACAGUGGCAAUGGUCCGUCGACGCCACAGAUGAGCGCCAUUUCGCCGUCGAGCGUGGGCAGCUUCAGUGCCAGCGAUUUGAGUGGCCUUCUGGGCAAAGAGAAGCCCGUGCACCGGUGCAGCAUCUGCAAUCGGGGAUUCCUCAACAAGUCCAACAUCAAGGUGCAUCUGCGCACCCACACCGGCGAGAAGCCCUUCCGGUGCGAUGUCUGCGCCAAGGCCUUCCGCCAGAAGGCGCACUUGCUCAAACAUCAACAGAUACAUAAGAGAAUUGGGCGUGACUGA